UGCUGAUUGACAACAAUUCACAAUGUGGACACUUAUAAUGGCGAUGGUCGUUGGGGGAGUUACUGCCGGGGGAAUCAAGCUUCACUUGUCAGAUGAGAUGAAGUCUAUGUUAGAGAAGUCAAAUUGGGAUCAUCAGAACACAGCUCUGUCUAUCCAUGGUCCUAUAGCUCUGGAUGUACACUCUAGUUUUAAAUUGAAGAAGGGACAAGUGUUUCUGAAAUCAUGGGUCCACAGAAGACACAAAGACUGUGCUCACAUAAAGAAGCAUAGGCCGCUGAGUCAAGACGGGGUGUACACAAUUUACCCUGCCCCGGGGAUGAAUAAAACAGUGUUCUGUGACAUGAGCACCGACGGAGGGGGUUGGACGGUUAUUCAAAAGAGAAUAGACGGGGACACAAAUUUUUUCAGAAACUGGAAAGAAUAUAAAAACGGAUUUGGACACGUGGAAGAUGAAUAUUGGCUUGGAAAUGACGCCAUUCACGCAUUAACAAAAGAUAAAAAACAAAUUCUUAGAAUCGAUUUGAUGAAGUUUUCCAGGGAGAAAGCCCAUGCGACAUACUCUUCAUUUUUUGUGGAUAGUGAGGCUAACAAAUACAAACUUGUACUUGGAAGGUUCAAGGGAACUAAAGGUCUAGGAGACAGUUUCAACCAUUCAAACAAUUCGUAUUUCACUACCAAGGGUGCAGAUAAUGACAACUAUAAAAGCAAUUGUGCCGACAUCUUUAAGGCAGGAUGGUGGUUCAAUGCCUGUACAAACUUAGAUUUGAAUGGGGAAUACAAAAAGGCCUCUCGAAAGGACGGCACAGAAUUGUCUUGGUACCACUGGGGAGAUUCAUGGAGGUCACUGAAAUCGGCUAAAAUGAUGAUACGUCCAUCGCAAAUUGUUUAAAACGCUUUACGGUUAAAUUGAAAAUAAAACGAAAUAAAGCUU